AUGAGCCAUAUUCAAGCUAUACCAUUUAGACUUGUUGGUGAUCCAGGGAUUCUUUCUGAUGAACAUGAUGAUGUUGAUUUGGUCCUUUUAAAGGCACAGAAACUGGCAUUAUUAUAUGCUUUCCCUAAUGAGCGGGAUAAGGUGAGCCAUAUAGAUAUCAAUAUUGUUAUUGCUGCAGAUGGCAUGUUUUACUUAAACAGGACUCUUAAAGAGCGAGAAUUGGAUCGUUCGUACCGUGCUUUGUCCGAUGAAAUGCUGCAGAAUAUUAGCCUUGAGCAAUUCAGAGAAAUAUUUAGAAGACUAUUACUCCAUUAUGAUAAGUCAGUCGAGGAUUACGGAUUGGACGAAGAAAAUAUGUUGGGAGGCUAUUUUUUGGAAUCGGAGCUUAUUGUCCUUCCUGGAGGGACCAGUCAUUACAAAUUAUGGCUCAACAUGAGAUCGAAGGGGAAGAAGAACCCAUCCCCGGUUAAAUCAGAAAGGAAAAGCGUUUUUUCAUUUCUCAGUGUGGAUAAACAUGUUUGUGAAUUCACAUUAGGAUUUGAUGAUGAGUUGGUUGAUUCCAAAGGGGAUCCGAUUGAUACUGAUGAGCUUCCGGGACUGACUGGAUAUGCUAUUGCGUCGUGCGAGGAGAACAAGAGACAUGUUUUUGACAAAUUGAAAUACCAAAUUACUCAGAAAGUACAAGAUAGGAAAAUAAAAGAGUUAACGGAUAGCGUGUCAGCAAUAAAAGAUCAGUACCAACAGGACUUGGCCAAAGUGCAAUAUACUGCCCUCAGACUUGUAAAUUCCAAAAAACAGAUGAUUGCUAAGUUAAUUGAAUUUUUAGAAGGAGCAGAUAUUGACAUUGAUGAUAAUGAAGUUAUUGAAAUUAUCAAUGAUAAAGAUGUCUUACAUUCCAAAGUCCAGAAAACCAUUAUUGAUGAGGACGAGGAUGAAGAGGAUGAUGAGACUAUGAGUGAAGGGGAGGAACCAACGGGAGAAUCUUCACAGGGUAAAAACGGAGCGAAAAAAAGAAAAAUGAAAACAAAAUCAAAGAAGAAAGACAAGCCUGAACUCUCUAGAAAGAUCAAUCCAUUCAGGAAUAGGGUGAUUACUCGAAAGAAGGAGGUUCCAUUCUCCAUGAGCUCAACGAAAUCUGGGUAUGAAGAAUAUAGCGAUGGAGAAGGGAAUAAAACUGAGGCUAGUACCAAUGCUAGUGAGAGCGCUAGUACAGAAGUUUCCUCCUCAAAUGAAGAUGAACUAGAGCUCCAUGAAAUGAACCCGAUAAAAAGAGCAGCUGCCAGCCAAGAGAAAUCGCCUUCUAAGAUUCAAUUCAGACCAAAGUAUAGCACUACUGCCAAUGAUUUGGGAAAGAGAAAGUUGAAAAACGAGUUUCAAUUUGCCCAUGGAAAAUUUAAAGAAAAGAAAAAGGAACGAGUCAUUGACCAGGAUGGCGAUGAAGACAUGAGUGUACUUUCAUCGGAGCAGGAUACUAGUCGCAUAAACAAUGGAAAAACUGAAAGCAUUGCUGAAUGCGACGAUGGAAUGACAGAUGUCUCAACCUCUGAAUCAGAUGGAAAUUGA